UUCUUUUUACAAAAAUAUGGUGCUGUCAUUUAUAUAUGUUAAUGUACCGUUUUUUAUACCGUUUUUAAUUUAAUUCAUUUUUUUUUUUUUUUUAAAUAACUGGAUGGGACGUGUGAUGUGUGAUGACGUCAUCACAUCACGUCCUGCACGUCUUCCAUGUUGCAGUGUGCAACUGUUCACGCGCCACUUUUUUUGCAUGUGUAAUUCAAAUUAUGGACGGUUUUAGAGGAUUGUAAUCAUUUUUUUUUUAUUUUUAUAUUCUAUUUUACCAUUUUUAUGGUUUUUUAAGUGUUUGUAUAAAAGGAAAGUAAGUUUGUUUUUAUAAAUAUUCAUCUUGAGCUUUUCUUUUCUCUGUUUUCGUUUUAUACAGAGUAUAGGGGUUAGGGUUUCUUCUUCUUGGGGUGGUUUAUUUUUGUAUUAGCAAGAGAGUUUGAGUGCAUCAUUUUCGUUUAUUGCCUUGUUAUUAUCAUCUGUAAACCUAAAAAAUGGUUAAAACUCGUUCCUCAAUUUCUCCUUCGCAUUCUGUAAAGGUAGCUGCUGAUAAGAAGAAAAUGGAAAAUGUCUCCGAUGAUGGAGAUCGUGAUGAUUCUGAUCGUUCUGGUGGUUCUGGUGGAUCAUCGGAUGGUAGCCGUGGCUCGGCAUUGCAAAAGAGAAAAAGAGUUGUUGAUAAAGUGAAGAAAGAAGAUGUUCGAAAUGUGAAAAAGAUGAAGCAAGUUGCUGAAGAUUUGCCUGAGGAUUAUGAUAGUGAAGACUUGGAGGUUGAAGUUCGUAAUGAUUUGAAGGAAUGGGAUUUAUAUUUCAAGCCUGGUGAAAAGAUUCAGGGAAAAGUGAUGUUAUUCCCUAAUCAGGAUAACAUUGUUGUCAAAAAUAUUAAUUCCAAGUUGACUAAAGAUCAACGUAAGUUGUUUCGUGAUACUUGUUUUGGUUAUUUUUUGGAUAGCCAUCCUGUUGGUUUUCAGUCUCAAUUAGUUCAUAAUGCCUUACAUAGGGAGGUAUAUCAGAAAAAUGAAAAAGAAAUGUGGUUUAAGUUUGGUGAUGAGAAUUUCAGAUUCAGUUUAGCUGAGUUUGCUGUUGUUUCUGGUUUACUGUGUGUUGGUGAUGCCGAUUUGAGUAAGUAUACACACAGAGAAAAUGCUUUUGUUGAUCGAUAUUUUUGUGAUCAGACAGUGACUGUUAGUGCUGUUGAGCAUAGGUUUAUGUAUAGUGAUUUCAAGUCAGAUGAGUAUGCUGUGAAGAUGGCUGUUUUGUACCUUGUUACUAAUUGUUUGAUUAGUAGUGUUUACUCAAAAAAAGUUCCUGUUGAGAUUUUGAACAUAAUUGGGGUUGAUGAGUAUGGUAGUUUUCCAUGGGGUAUACCAGUGUUUGAAUUAACUUUGCACAAUUUAAAGAUUGGUACGAGGGGUGUUAUGAAGGGAAAAGGUGUUGCUAAGCCUCUUGCUAAGGUUAAAGGGAAACAUUUGGAAAAGGGUCCUCGAUCUUAUAAACUUCCUGGUUUACCUUUUGCAUUUUUGGUUUGGUUGUAUGAAACCAUUCCUUUGUGCUUGAAGGCAAAGUUUUGUUCCUAUGAUUCUGGUAAACCAUAUAGGUUUUGUAGAUGGAAGAGUAUUGGAAAUCCUAAUUCAAGUGAAGUUGAGAAGAAAGUUCUAUCUUCAAAUAAGGUAUUUUUUAUAUUUUGUAAAUUGUUUAUUUGUUGUUUUUAUUAUAUUUUGUAAACUAAUUAUUUUUUCUUGUUUUGCUAGCUGAAAGGAAAACAUAUUGUGCCUACUGAAGAUGAAAUAAAAGGUUUAU